AUGCCGGAGCUCGAGUUCAAAACGGGCACUCUGGAGCACAAGGACGUCGUGCACAAGUUCCUGAUGCACCACUUUCGAGUCACCGAACCAAUCACCACGUCGCUCGGUUGCUCCGAAGAAGACGUCGACGCCUUCUUCGUGGAUCUGACGAUGAGCGGGCUGAACGAUGAGAAGAGCUCUAUUGUCGUUUUUGAGAGGGAGGUAAACAGAACGCCUCUUUAUCGUUGCUAAUGUUUUGCCUCAUUUGAAAAGGUUUUUUCACGCCUGAAUAGGGCGCUCAUUCCGAUUAUUCACCGGGCAUUCCAACCGCGAAAAGGCUUGCAGAAAGUGGUCGCCGUCUGUCUGAAUGCCAUCAAAUCCGGUGCUCCUCUGAACGGACAAGUCCUCCGUCAGACGCCUUUCGACCCGCACCGCGACUAUUGCUCCGAAAUCUCCCGGGGACCGUACAGCCGAGAGAACGCCAACAAAUUGUGCGCUUUCGUGGGCGCAAUGGAGCACGAUUUGGCGUUUUUGACGGGCUCGCCGAGCAGAAUCUUCAAAAUUGAUGUGCUUUGCGUUUCGAAAGAGUGUCAGGGGUAUUUGACGGAAUAAUUGAGACGAUUUUCGAUUUCGAUUACAGGAACGGCGUCGGAAGGAAGCUAGUCGAGCAGAGUUUGGAGAGAGCCGCCGAGGAGGGGUGUCAGUUCGUGGCCACUGUCGCCACCGCCGUCGCCUCUCAGAACAUUUUCAGCAAGGUAUUCCAUUUUUAUAGAUUUGUUUCUGUAAAUUUCGCGCAGAAACGAACGCGAAUUGUCGUUAAACACUGAUUCAACGCGUUUUCUUGCAGUGUGGUCUUGAAACGCUCCUCGAAAUGCCAUUCUCGUGCUUCCGAAACGACGGCGAAGUGGUGUUCGAGAAGCUUCCGGAUGGAGGAUUCAGUGGAAAACUGAUGGGUAUUCGGUUGGAGCCGAAACAGACCGAAGAGGAGGAAGAUGGCGACUUGCGAUGA